UUGUGGCAUGAAUGUCUGCGGGGGUAGCAGUGGUUCCAUAAAUGGAGGCUAACAUUGUUCAGGCCCUAAGUCCAAACAGGCUUGGAGCUGGGCUGUAUUUCCCUCUUUAAGACGCUGGAAGGGCUGAAGAACUUAGUGUUCCCGCCCUCUGAGUAGGGGGCUGGUGGGACCCGAGCGGCGCGCAGCGCCCGCUGGAGGGCAGCAGAGAGUCACGACUCCCGCCCUCGAAUCGCGGAGUUUGGGGGCUUUGGAACCGCCCGGACCCCGCCCUGCCACGCCCCUUCCUCGCCCCUUCUUAUUCCUUCCCGGGAAAGGCUUUCCUUUCUACGCUGAAUUAGCCCUCCCUCGCAGUGCCCGUCCGCAGCGCUUGGCCUCCGCUUAGCUCUUUCCCACAGCCGGAAAGGCAGGCAACAUCCCCUCUUCAGGGAGGAAGCUGCAAGUGCUCAACCCGACCAAGGUCAUGCAGCAAAGUCAGGUCUUGAACUCAGCUCCGUAGUCUAAUGCCAAAGCUCACGCUCCCUCCCAAAGCCUCGAGCGCACGCGUGUUUCCAGAACUGGAAAACUUUGGAUAUCAACUUCUCCAUUUUCAGCGGGGCCAGACCAGGGGCCAAGUUCAAUCACCUGCCGAGGCCUUAUGGUUGUGGGAAAUACCCAGGGUGAGAGGGCUUUCCGAUCCUGUGGAGGCUAGCUUCGCGAAGGCGGGCCGGGCAGGGAUAGGCGGUGGCCAGGCUCAGGACCACCCCUCCAGGGCAAUGGAGCCCCGACUCCGCGCAGAGUGAUGCCGCAGCUCCCUUCCCCUCGGGUCCCCGGCCCCCUCCCCAGCACUCGGCCCCCACCUUGCACGGGCGGUUCGGUGAAACCCUGGACUCGCACCACCUCCGGGGAGCUGGCCGGGUAGCAGCGGCUGGGCGCCAGACUCCGUCCGGGGGCUGGACCGUGCGGGGCGGGGCCGCCUCUCUCCUCCCCUUCCUGGGCUCGCGCGGGGGGGCCCGCCCGGGACGCCUCCGCGGGUGGUCGCCGCGCCUAGGCCAAUGAGCGCACGGGGAGUUGCGAUGGAGGCUGGGGCGGCCGGGAACGCCGGGGACCCCCGCCGCCGCUGCGCCCCCGCGCCCCCGCGCCAGCGGGGCUGGAGAGGGGGCGAAAGAGGCGCUGAGCCCGCGCCGGACAUGGAGGCGCCUCUGGCCCAAGCCGGCCGCCCGAGCUGCCCUCCUCGUCGCCGCACCUCGAAGUUUGCGGGCUGACUCGGAAAGUUGCGCUUGGGCUUGGCCUCCGCGCCGCGUCCCGCUCCGGGCCUGCCCAGCUCGCCGCCGCCACCCUCCGCCGGUCCCCGGGCCCGCCGACAGCCGCAGCCCCGCCUGCCGGGGGCAUGUGAGCCGCUGCCUCCCCAAGAGGCCGGGCGGGCUGCACGGCCCGGCGCCUCCCGAGGCAGCGCGCGGGCGAGGGGCACGCCCCGGCCCCAGGCAGCCCGGCCGCCAUGGGCAUCCAGGGCAUGGAGCUGUGCGCUAUGGCCGUGGUCGUGCUGCUGUUCAUCGCCGUCCUCAAGCAGUUCGGCAUCCUGGAGCCUAUGUCCAUGGAAGACAGCAGCGACAGUGAGCUGGAGCUGUCCACAGUGCGCCACCAGCCAGAGGGGCUGGACCAGCUGCAGGCACAGACCAGGUUCACCAGGAAGGAGCUUCAGUCCCUGUACAGGGGCUUCAAGAAUGAGUGUCCCACGGGCCUGGUGGAUGAAGACACCUUCAAACUCAUUUACUCGCAGUUCUUCCCCCAGGGAGAUGCCACCACCUACGCACACUUCCUCUUCAAUGCCUUCGAUGCAGACGGGAAUGGGGCCAUCCGCUUUGAGGACUUUGUGGUCGGCCUCUCUAUCCUCCUGCGAGGAACAGUGCACGAGAAGCUCAAGUGGGCCUUUAACCUCUAUGACAUUAACAAGGAUGGCUACAUCACCAAAGAGCCAAGCCCAUGCCAGCCCUCCGGCCCCCUCCAGGAGAUGCUGGCCAUCAUGAAAUCCAUCUAUGACAUGAUGGGCCGCCACACCUACCCCAUCCUGCGGGAGGAUGCGCCUCUGGAGCACGUGGAGAGGUUCUUCCAGAAAAUGGACCGGAAUCAGGAUGGGGUGGUGACCAUUGACGAAUUCCUGGAGACCUGUCAGAAGGACGAGAACAUCAUGAGCUCCAUGCAGCUGUUUGAGAAUGUCAUCUAGGACAUGUCGGGGGUGGGGGUUCUUGAGUGUUCAUUGCCACCUCUGCCCUCAGAGAAACUUCAGCCCUGCCCGGAGCAGCCUCCAUGAGAAACCUUUUUCUAAUAUAUUUGCAAAAAGUGAUCAAUUUGCUCCAGAUACACACCCACCCACACACACACACAGCCCAUUUUUCUGGGAUGGCAGAAGGGGGACGGAGGUCAGGGAGGGGCUGAGUCUGUCUGAGAGCCGGGCCCACGUGAGGAGAGCCGCAUACCCCAGCCCGGGCCAGCCCCCAGCCCAGGUCCGUGGGGCAUGGCUGUCUCUGGGGCGGGCAGCAGAAAAACAGCAUCUGCAGGCUGCUGGUUGCUGGGUAUUGCCAGGAAAGGGGUCAAGCUCCACAGAGGAGGGUCCAGUCUCCAAAGCAAAGGACCCUCCUGUGAGAGCCCCCCUGCCCCCUCCUUCCUGCUACCCUUCUGUCCCACCGCAUGUGGCCAGGUUCCAGGGGCUGCUCUUACCUUGUUCCCUGAAGGUUCCUGCCCACAACGACACUCCCAGAAUGCCCCUCACCUCAGGACACUGGAGGGGCAGCUGGGGGUCAAGGGAGUUGGGAUAAGACACAAGACUGCUCACCCCAACGUCAUCAUAGGUCCUGAGGUCACUUGGCUCAGGGCCUGGCUGCCAAGGAGCCCAAGGGGCAGAAUAGGCCUGGGAAGGGGCUUCUCCCUCCCUCCUUCCUGUCAGUCCAUCUCCUGGGCCCAGCAGCCUGGAUAAGUUCCCCAGCCCCCACCCCUCACUUCCAGGUCAGGGCCCUGAAGCAGUGUGGUUGCCCCUCCACACUAGCUCACCCCAACCCCAUCAAGAAGCACAAGCAUCCCCAGCAGCUCAGGCCACAGCCCACAAGGGGAGCCAGGACACUGCUUUUCCAAGACAAGGCCCUCCUAGUGGGCUGAGACUUGGAUCCCAGCAGUCCCAAUACAGGUGGCCCCAGGGCACACACAUCGGGGUCAGUUCUGUGCCUCAGAGCAGUGGGGGCUUGAAGCCCAGCCCAGCCCAGCCCAGCUCACCAACAUUCAAAAGCACAAACCCUGCUUGGCUGGGUUCUGCUUUGGGGAUGGAGGUGAUGUCAGCCAGAGCCAGUAAUGAGGGCUGAGGGCCCUGAAGCAGGGUGGCAGGUCAGCAGAAACCUCCGGGAGAGAGAGAGAGAGGCUGCUCCUGCCUGCCUAGGCCUCCCAGAGAAGGAACCCAGUCCCAGGCAGCACAGCCCUUCUGAGGACAUCCCCAUACCAUACAUUCCAUCAGCUGCCGCACCGUCCCUGCUCCCACCUGGCCCUAGGGCCAACAGGGCCUUCGAAGGAAUGGCCAGGUGGCAAAGGCCGUGGAGAUUGGCCUGGCUUGGCCUCAAGGACCCCUGGGCACCCCACACAGGUGGUCCUUCCCCUUGGAGUUGCACUGACACCCCAUCUCCAGUCUGACUGGGGGGUCCCUCUCCCCUCCUCUAGGAGGGCAUCAGCUUUCCCUGGCUCAGGGAUCUUUCCCCCAUCCCCUGACUCCAGACCAGCCCUCCCAGUUGGUGUAGCACUGCUUCUGAGGGGCCAAGGCGAAAGGAGAGGGUCACCACGAUGCUCCUGCCCCCCUUGGGCUCAGGCCAACGGGCUGCAUGUCCAACCAGGAGGGGUCUCUCCCAGCUUGGGGUGUGGACUGGCCGCAUGUCUGCAUGGCAGAAGUGUCUCCUGGGGCAUGGCCUGGGAGGGUGGUUCCUGUUCUCAGCGCCCACCAAUAUUCAGUCCUGUAUAUUUUAAUAAAAUAAAUUUGACAAAGGAAA